CGUGUGCGAUUCCGCAGAACGAAUGGAUUGAGCUCUGCUGACUAAUUUGUUUUGCGGUUGCUGCUGAGUUUGAAUUUGGAUUUUCUGCAGCGGAGAGAAGACAGUCAUAAUAUCGCUGUCAGCUGUAGUUAGUGACGCCUUUGAUUGCCAGAUAUCUUUAUCUGAGCCUGGAUCUGCUUUUGUACCAUCACAAGCGGCACCCCAUGCCACGGGACCUCCCAAUCUGCAGAAGCUUCAACUGGAGAUCUCUUGCACUGUUUCCAUCAGUUGCCUUGCCACUCCCGUUAAGAGACAUCUUCACGAUUCGUCAGAGAUCGCACACUUCAAAGACCUCAGUUUUACGAAGACAGUGCUGGCAGGGGUCGUCAGUUGGCAGCGGUACAAGUUUGGAGACUUUCUACUGAACAGACUUGACAAUCGAGCCGAAACGCCUAUUCAGGAAGUCCCAGAAGUCCUUACUGUUCAUUGACUUGUCCCGUCUCAGGACAGUCCUGCCCGUGACUCUGAGUAGACAUGCCGGGACAGGAAGGGCAGCGGCUUUCAUCGAUCUGAGCAUUGCAGUUAUUUACGGUGGACAGUAUAGGACAAGAAGUACACAACGAUGAUGACUUCACUACCUCCUGUAUCCAUGAGUGUCCUUGUGGUCUGCCUACUGCUGGCUUUACAAACAGCACAGUCCUGCCCUGGCCCCUGCAGGUGCGAGGGGCACAAGGUUUACUGCAAUUCUGUCGGACUCACCACCGUGCCCUCAGGAAUUCCUUACGAUACCAGGAUUCUCGACUUAAGGAAUAACGUAAUUACCAGCCUAGGUGACGAUUCCUUGGAGAAUUUGACCUCACUCGUGGCGCUAGAUCUCAGUCAAAACCGGUUGACCGAGUUUCCCAGAGAGGCACUGAAAUGGCUGUUCACGCUGUCACGUCUUCACCUUGACGGCAAUGCAAUUGCAACUAUUCCAUCAAAUGCAUUCACUGCACAGCGAAACCUUCGAGAACUGACGCUGGGUUCCAACCGACUGACAGAGGUUCCCGUUGACGCCCUUACCGCGCUGUCAAAGCUGAGACGUCUGGCCCUCAACGAAAAUCGCAUCAACGCCAUCCCAAACGAUGCGUUUAGAGCACUGUCCUAUCUAAGACUUCUAGCCCUGUGGAAUAACUGUCUGGAGGACAUACGACCGCGUGGUUUUCAGGGGCUUUCACGGGUUUCCACCAUCGAUCUGUCACACGCAUGUCUGACAAGGGUUCCGUCGGAAGCGUUAAAAUACGUACCACGUCUAACUAGUCUCCACAUGGCUCAUAAUGAGAUCACGUCAUUGCCAGACGACGCUUUCCCUAACGUCCCAAAGCUCAGAGGACUGACACUGAACCACAACAGGAUCGGCUCGAUCAGCGCUAACGCGUUCCGCGGUCUAGCUCGCCUGGAAUUUCUGAAUCUACAGGAGAACAACCUGACCAGAGUACCUGAGGCCUUCAAGCACGUACCCAGCCUAACCACCCUGAUGCUGAACCGGAACGCUAUCCAGACGCUCUAUCCAUGGGACUUCCGGGCGCUACAGAGGCUUGCACACCUGUAUUUGGCCUUUAACGGUUUUACGACGGUCACGCCCGAAGUGUUUUCGGAGUUAGCGAGCCUCGUGACGCUGGACGUGAGCGGGUUUUUUAACUGCGACUGUCGCCUGCGGGGCUUCAAAGAAUGGAUUGAGACCACCAUGGUGAAAGUAGAGCAGGAUCUUUCUUGUUCGUCCCCGCCACACCUACAGGGACGACAACUGCGUUGGAUUCCCAGAAGUUCACUGAUGUGUGGAGUACGAGACGCUGGUCCUCCCCCGACGCCCCUACACUGCCCAGUAUAUUGCUCAUGUGAAGACCGCCAAGUCUCGUGUAACAACGCGCAGCUUACAGGUGUGCCCGGUGAUAUUCCAGACGGAGCCAUUAGUCUAGAACUGUCGAGAAACCUGAUAACUACAGUCAACAGCGACAUGCUGCUUCGACUAUCGGAUCUGCAGAACCUUGAACUGAACAAUAACCAGCUAGCUGCUGUUCCGAUUGAAUCCUUACAGCACCUUAGUGAACUGUUGUCGCUGGGCUUGUCAAGUAACCGAUUGACUGAUGUACCCCAGCAAUCGUUUCUGGGAUGUCCCAAUUUGUUACGCCUUGACCUGUCACAGAACAAUUUGUCCUCGGUCCCGAGUGAAGCCCUUGUCCCUUUGUGGCAGCUGCAUACUUUAGACAUCAGCUACAAUAUCAUCAAGAAUCUCGGCAGGGAGGUCUUGGCUGGACUUGCUCGUUUGCAUGUUUUGGUACUUAACGGUAACUGCUUCCAAGCGUUGGAGGAGGACGUCUUGUUGCACGUGCCAAAUCUUCGCCGUCUGCACCUGGAACGUACAUGUCUGCGGUCCGUCCCAUCGACCGGCCUGUCAGGUCUGAAUCGGCUCCAACAGCUAGAUCUGUCCGGCAACCAGCUCACAUCUGUUCCGCCGGGAGCGUUCAAAGGCAUGCCUGAACUCAGAGGCCUCGAUCUCAGCGAGAACAUGAUUUCAUCCAUCGACUCUGCAGCUUUUCAUAACCUCCCCCGACUGGACACAAUAACGCUGAAUCGGAACAACCUCAGGUUUGUGCCUCGGGAGGCAUUGGCUACGCUGCCGACAUUGUCAGCCGUCGAUCUCAGCAGGAACAAGCUGCGGGAACUGGACAGCCGUGACUUCUCAGGAAUAAGAGGAGACUUGACGCUUGGGCUUAGCUACAACAGGAUUGAGACGGUGGGCGCAGAUGUCUUGUCAAGUAUUUCAUCGUUGAGACAAGUCUACCUGCAAGGAAACCCGUGGGCGUGCAACUGUGAGUUACGAGGACUGAGAGAAUGGAUGGACGACAGCGACACAAUACCCAGUUCUAUAGGCUCUGCUGUUGAGAGAGAUGUGACAUGUGACAGCCCUACAAACCUGUCAGGCGAGGCAGUGGUUGACGUCUCUGCAGACGACCUGACGUGCCCAGAAAAUAGAAAUCCACCUUCUUUUGAGAACUACGAUGACGGUAAUGGCAAGGACCAGGAAGGUAACCCGGACGAGUGUCCUCAUCAGUGCCACUGCCGAGAGUCGGAAAUCUCCUGCAGCAACAGGGGGAUCACGGCGGUCCCUCACAACAUCCCGAAGAGCACGACCUUUCUUGACCUUGGAGAAAACAAAAUAGAAAAUAUUCACUUACUGCAUUUCUUCAAAUUACAAAACUUGCGGACUCUGAUAUUGAGAGAUAACAGGCUAUCGGACUUCCCUUUGGAGGCCCUGGAGUCUUUGCGGUCUCUGCAAAAACUUAUUAUGGAGAAUAACGCCAUCCAUUCCAUUCCACCUGAUGCAUUUACGUCCCUCCUGCAGCUCCGCGAGCUGUCACUGGACGCGCACAACCCUGAAAGCUUCUCUUUGGGACAGCUCGAGCCGCUCAAACAACUCCGAAAAUUGGUCAUCAACGGACAGAGUCUGCCAGAAAUCCCCGCUCGAGCUUUCUAUGGGCUGUCACGUCUUCGCAUCCUGGUGUUGCGGUUAUCUUGCACCACGGUCAUCGAUGCUCGUGCGUUUGACGACCUUGACAACUUGCGGAGAUUAGACAUAAGUGGGACAUGCAUCUCCAAUGUCGGUGAGUUCGUUAAGACCCUAGCUCAGGCUACAGCCUUAGAAUCACUCAUCCUAGCCGAGAAUGGGAUAAAACGAAUCCCGAGAGCGCCAUUCCUACCCAUGAUCAACUUGCGUUUCUUAGAUCUCAGCAGAAAUGGGGUGGAGAGAAUUGACGCCGAAGCAUUCCGCGGUAUAUCCCGACUCUUGUCCCUCACUAUGGACGACAAUCUUCUAAAAUCUGUUCCGUCGGAAGCGUUUCAUCACCUGCCCAGUCUUCGGAUUUUGAGCUUGCGCAACAACUCUAUCAAAGUGGUGAGGAACGAGGAUUUGGUUCCCCUGAUGAAGCUGACAGAACUUCAUCUAGACUCCAAUCAGAUCAGAUCCCUAGGAAGAAAAGUCUUCAACGAACUGGAGGAUCUCAGUGCCGUCUCCAUUUCCAACAACCCGUUUGAAUGUGACUGCGGACUGAAACACGUGCGAGGAUCGCUGGAGGAGUACACGUUUGGUAUAGGACUGGAGGUGGAGGAUAUGAUCUGUGCCGGUCCAGACUUUCUGACUGGCAAGAAGAUCAGAGCCUUGCUAGAAGAAGACUUUGUUUGUGGAAGUGAUGAGCAAAACAAGCGCGCGCAGAUUCUUCUUGAAGCUGAAAAGACUGGGAACAUUUGUCCUGAUAAAUGUGAAUGUGAAGAUACGGAAGUAACUUGCAUACGACGCAGUCUCAUCGAGUUCCCGGAUAAACUACCACGAACUGUGACGGAACUCUCCCUUUCAGCUAACCACAUCACAGAAAUUCCCCAACACACGGUCACUGGCCUGGAUAGACUGCAGUACUUACGUCUGAACAACAACCGUCUAACGUCUGUCCCGUCAGAUGCCCUGAAGGAUUUACCUUCCUUGAAGCGUCUUGACCUCUCUGGAAACAACAUCAAUACAUUCGCAGACGACGCCUUCAGGGAUCUAGGUAACCUGACAUCACUGUUGCUGGCAGAGAACAACCUUACAGAAGUUCCUCACUCAGCCCUAAAGCCGCUCUCUCACCUCCAGGAGCUUUAUCUGGGUACGAAUAGCAUCAGGAAGCUAACAAAAUCACCAUUCCCGUAUUUGAAAAACCUCCGCUUCCUGUCCCUUUCUGGGAACUGCAUGAAGAUGGUGGAGCACGACGCCUUCAAUAGACUACGCAACCUCCUGUCCCUGGAUCUCUCGAGAACGUCUCUGAAACAUGUACCGUCCAACGCACUGUCACAACUGGGGCAGCUCCGGACUCUGGACCUCUCCCAGAACGACAUCCGGUACGUCCAUGGUGGUGCCUUCCGGGGACUAGAACAGCUGAGGGUGCUGUAUAUCGCCAGGAACCGCAUAGGGGCCAUCCACAAUCGGGCCUUUGAAGGUCUGGUCCAUCUCACAGCCAUCUCCCUGUUUGACAACAAGUUGAGGAGGAUACCCGGGGCUCUACAGUCACUCCCGCUAUUGUCACAGGUGACCAUCUCAAGAAACAGGCUGCGCCAAAUCCGGAGCAUAGACGUUCCUCGCCUGGCAGGCAUGGCGACUUUGAGUCUGAGGGAAAACCGCAUAGACUCCAUAAACCCGUCCGUGUUCUCAGCGAUAUCUUUCCUAAGCCACAUAGACCUGGACAGGAACCCUUGGCGGUGUGACUGCCACCUGCGCGGCCUGCGUGAGUGGUUAGAGGAUCACGUGGACAUUGUCAACCCACGCCUGCACCCUGCAUGUGCCGGCCCCACCAACCUACAGGACAAGCGGCUGAUUGACAUCCUGCCUGAGGAUUUCACAUGCUCCAACCAAGAUGGCUUCCUGUACUUCUACCGGUACCUGACGACAAGGGAGACACAGGACGACCAGCCGGCCGCGCUGACAGCGACACCUGAUGGUAAAAAGCAGAAGUACACGCGAGACGAUCUGUAUGCCUUCCACCGGAGGAUGCAGCGCAUCAUGGAGCGGUUGGCAAGCAUUCGAAAGUACCUCAAGAAAAGGGGUUAGGUGGCAAACUCAACGGCAACCUGGA